GCCUCUCUCUGCGCUCAGAGCGCUAUUUUCUGCCAGGCUUUGAAGCGGACUGAGAGAGUGGAGAGGGAGAAGCAGGCUUCAUUCAUAAUAGCGCCGUUACACAAGUUUACCAUCCCUAAAGCGUGGACCGGACAGACGAAAAGUUUUUAUCCAGGAUCUGAAGAGGCGACUUCAGUGGAAAAGUCAAACGUUUCUAUAGUAGGCUAAAAUACAUGUUUUAUUUGUUUCGGACGAGGCAUCGCAUCGUUGCAGCACUGAUACGUUUGCAGAACCUCUUCUUAGUUGGGAAGUUAGUUUCACAUAGUUGGCUACUCAGUGACAUUCGCUUCUUUUCGGCUGGAAAUCUUGACGGACUAAAUAACGUGAUUUAGUUUGUGUUUAGCACGCUUGUGGGAUUUUACCUGGAGACGGAAUUCGUACAUGCAACAGUAUUUUGUAUGAGAAAGCCAUGGCACAACAGAGCAGAAACGGAGGGACUUCAUUAAACAACAACAACGGCAUCGAUAACACCAAGAGGAAACUGUUGAUAGGACUGGACCUCUUCUGCCUGCUACUAGCUGGCCUGCCCUUCCUGAUAAUAGAGUCUAGCACCAUACGGCCGUACCAGAGAGGUUUUUACUGUUCUGACGAGUCCAUCCGGUACCCAUAUAAAAAUGGAGACACUAUCAGCGAUGCUGUGCUCUGUGCUGCUGGCAUUCUUAUUGCCAUCCUCUCUAUUGUUAUAGGAGAGUGUUACAGGAUUCACCAUCGCAGGGAGGGAUCUAAGUCUUUCAUUGGGAACCCUUAUGUCUCAUCUCUCUACAAACAGGUUGGAGUGUUUAUAUUUGGCUGUGCCAUCAGCCAGUCGUUCACAGACAUUGCCAAGGUGUCAGUGGGCAGGAUGAGGCCUCAUUUCCUGGACGUGUGUAAUCCUGACUGGUCAGCCAUCAACUGUUCCCUUGGAUACAUCACCUCCUACACCUGUAAUGGCACUGAGAGCAAAGUUCAGGAAGCCAGGAAAUCCUUCUUCUCAGGACAUGCCUCCUUCUCUAUGUUUACUAUGCUCUACCUGACUUUCUAUCUUCAGUCCAGGUUCACGUGGAGAGGUGCCCGGUUGCUCCGCCCUCUCGUCCAGUUCACGCUGCUGAUGAUGGCAUUCUACACCGGCCUAUCACGUGUCUCCGACCACAAGCACCACCCCACAGACGUACUGGCCGGCUUUGUACAGGGCGCCCUGGUGGCCUACUGCAUAGUGUUCUAUGUAUCUGACCUGUUCAAGCCGAGGGUGAAGCCUGCCUCCCCCCCUCCCUCCCCCAUCAAGAAGGAGCUCCUCCCCCCUGCUGACAUCAUCGAGCGGAACAACCACCACAACAUGGUGUGAGACAGGCCCCGUCCCUUCCCAUGACCGAGGAGCCUAUCACAGCGCUGUUCGCCUCCCAUUGGACAGUAGAAUGUAGCGACCAGAGAGACUGUCGCCGUGUCUCAUAUCACACUCUGUUCCUUAUGUAGUAGUGCACUACUUAUCACACGCUGUGGUCCAAAGUAGUGCACUACUUAUCACGCGCUGUGGUCCAAAGUAGUGCACUACUUAUCACGGUCUGUGGUCCAAAGUAGUGCACUACUUAUCACGCAUGUGGUCCAAAGUAGUGCACUACUUAUCACGUGCUGUGGUCCAAAGUGGUGCACUACUUAUCACGCGCUGUGGUCCAAAGUAGUGCAUUACUUAUCACACGCUGUGGUCCAAAUGUAGUGCACUACUUAGGAAAUAGCCUGUUAUUUGAGACCUGCCCUGCGGAGACCACUCUCACUAUCCAGAUUCUUUAACUACUAUUGUUAUUACUACUAUUCUGAUUUGAGCCCAAGUUAGAGCAAAAAGAAAAGACUCAAAAGCUAAAGACAAGAAGUUACAGACAGCAGUGCAGAGCCACUGGAACAGAACACUUUGUAACUACACAAAGGGAAAAAAGUGUAAAAAAAUAUAAAUGAAUGAGUGAAUGAAUGAAUGAAGCAAGGAAAGAAAGACAGUCUCUGUCUGAGGCCUUGACAUAGGAGAACAACUUCCUUAGUAAUAGGAACGAUAUUACUGCAAAAUGACUAGCAAACGACACAUACAGUAUAUGAGUAACAAUAUAGAGCAGAAUAACUUACAGCACUAUAAUCCAGUUGACUGUCAAUUAUCACCACUCGUCACCCGCUGGAGCAGCUAUCAGAACGCUUGUUGAUGAUCACGUAGAGCAGGGGUGUCAAACUCUAUCCAUGGAGGGCCUAGUCUCUGCUGGUUUUUGGUCUUUCCUUUCGAUUAAGACCUAGACAACCAGGUGAGGGGAGUUUCUUACUAAUUAGUGACUUUAAUUCAUCAAUCAAGUACAAGGGAGGAGCAAAAACCCGCAGACACUCAGCCCUCCGUUGAAUGAGUGUGACACGUGACACAGAGAAUUAAAGUAAACCUGUAACUAGUUAACUUGUCCAAUGCCAGCUACUAACUACUACUAGAGAAGGAAGAGACCUGGACAGGAACCAGACACAUACUACUCUAGCUCCUACCACCAAGUAGAAGUUUGGACUAGUCUAGUUCUUAGUUCGACAAGGCUCUUCUAGCUGCCCCUCUGGGUAACCUAACCUGGGAUGAUGCUUUCUGAAAGAGGGGGGUUCUUGAAAGAGGGAUGUUAAAAGAGUAGGGAUAUUGAUUGGUAUUAGUUUGGGGGGAUUCGGGAGAGGAAGAGAAGGAGGGGGAGGUAAAUAUCUCUCAGCCACCUGUCACCCUGUCUGGGGGGCGUGGCUGUGCCAUGCUGCCGCUUGAUUGGCUGCGUAUGUGGGGGUGUGGUCUGUCACCAUGGACACAGGGUUGAUUGACAGCUAAGCUGGGACAUUAUGGGAUAGGGGCUCUUUCCGCUGGCAGGGAGGGGCUCUGGCCUACCCAAUCACUCAUUAGCGGUAUGUAUGUAUGUAUGUAUGUAUGUAUGUAUGUAUGUAUGUAUGUAUGUAUGUAUGUAUGUAUGUAUGUGUCCUGUGUGUCACUGUGUUGGUGCGUGCCAGUGUGUCCGCUUUUGUGUAUGUGUGAUGUGUAUAGGUUUGCGUGUCUUGUGUAUUUGUGUGAUUGUCUUUGUGUGUGUGUGUGUGUCUUUGAUGAACCCUCCUGGUAGUGUGUGUAGAAUGAACCCUCCUUACACACACCAUUGUCUGUGCCAAGAAUGUGUAUGUGUAUGUGUGUGUGUGUGAGUGUGUGUGUGUGUGUGUGUGUGUGUGUGUGUGUGUGUGUGUGUGUGUGUGUGUGUGUGUGUGUGUGUGUGUGUGUGUGUGUGUGUGUGUGUGUGUGUGUGUGUGUGUGUGUGUGUGUGUCAGAGAGGGCCAGAGGUGGAGGACUGAGACCCUGUCCAGAGAACGUUAGAAAACUGUGGAUUUAAUAUUUUUAUUUUCUGCUACGAUGCAUCUUUAACAUGUUCAGUGCUAGUCCAGUAAUGUCAUUAACUAACUGCUCCCCAUCAGCCAUUUUAUUUUACAGCUCAGCUUACUCAGGGCAAAUCUCAAAUGGCAUGCUAUUCCCUAUAGAAUGCACUUCUGGCUAAAAUAAGUGCACUAGAUAGGGAAUAGGGUGCCAUUUUGGAUGGAGCCUAAGACAUCUUCUCAACAUCACCACUUCAAAACGUUGCACAUCUUUCUAAUCACGUUUAGUCCGUCCUAUCAUUUUGGCAAACUCUUUCCUUUUCAUUUUAUAAAUAUAUAAAUUAUGUAUAGUUCACAAAAAUUAACUGUGUAAGAUAUUAUUUCUUAUGUUUAACUAUUGUCCACUAUGAAACCACAACCUCUGUUGUCUACCAAGUGCUGCUUAAAAAGCAUUUAUUUACAGAUUUUUUUAUUUAGUUAACUCAAAUAUUGUAGAUUUGUGGUAGUAAGUUUUUAAUACGCGUUGAAAACAAACCUAGAAUUGUAUUAAAAUUCACUAUUAGUAUUUUUGUAUUGUCUCAUUUUGUACAAAAUAAAUAUUAGCAAAGUUUUUGUUUCUGCUUAAUGUACUUAGCUCUACUAGAUGUGGUUUUAAAUAAAAAGCCCGUUAUAAACACAA